GGCGGCUGCGGCUGCGGCUGCCUGCGCGCCCUGUGCUGUGCCUGCCAGACGGCCCCGGCAGGACUCGAACCCGCGGCGGCAGCAGGCGUGGCGGUGCGUUGCCCGGUCUCGCCACCAGGGGCGGCAGCUGGCGCUGCACGGCCGGAAGCGGAAGUGCGGGCUCGCUGUGGCCGGCGCGCGGGUCGGUCGCCAUGGACUCUCGGCAGCUGCGCUGGGAGACUCUGGCGGCUCUGCGCACCUCCGGCAAGGGGCAGCUGAAGUACCGGCGCCGGGAGGAGGAUAUUUUGGAAGGAUGCAUAUCUCCUCUCGAGCUGUCCUGUUACGCUGGUUUGGUCCUAGACAGAAUGGUUGAGAAGUCCGCCCAAGAAACCAGAAGUUCAGUGCCUGAAGAAUCUACUCCCCUCACAAACCAGUCACCACGUCUGGAGGAGAUCACUUCAGCUAACCGCUCUUCCCCACCGACAUCUGCAGAGCCAAGCGAAACCAAGGUGCUGGUGCUGUACUCCCUCACUGAUUUCACCCAGGGAAAUGGAGAUCUCAGUCCUCUGGAAAUGGAUCAAGAAGUCUUUGCAGCAGUUCAACCAUCUAAACUUACACAAGUUGAAGGCUGCAUUCGGAUGUAUGAAGAGAUACACAGGUUGAAAGCACAGCAGAGGCUAAGGCAGUGGCAGGAGCAACAAGAGAAGAUGGUGAGAGCAGCCUGCGACCUGGCAAGUGAACAACUAAAGCGCUUUGAUGAACUGAAGGAGCUAAAGCGGCAUCAGGAAUUCCAAGACUUGAAAGAAGUGCUGGAGAAGAGCUCAAAGGAGGCUCAAGGACAGCAAGAGAAGCUGAAAGAAGAACACCGACACAGAGCAAAGGUGUUAAACCUAAAGCUGCGGGAGGCAGAGCAGCAGAGGCAGCGCCAGGAGGAGCUGGAGCGGCUGCGUAAGGAGGAGGGCCAGGAGAGGCUGCGGCGCCUUUAUUCCAUCCAGGAGGAAGUGCUGCAGUUGAACCAGCAGAUUGAUCCCAACUACAGGCACAAAGACUUGCCAAGGAUUGACCUUUCUGCAUACAGUAAUCGUGGCAACCAGAUCUGUGGGCUGGUGUCAGGACUCAUCCGCACCACAAGUGAGCGAGGUUUCCCCUCUCAAGCAGAUGUGGCCAACACAGAGCGAGUGCUGCAGGAGAUGCGAGGGCUGAUCUCCAGCAUGCAGCAAGAGAUCACUGCAGCUGUGGAGGAAAAGCGGAGGAGAGAGGAGGAAGAGAGAGAAAAGCAGAAAAUGUUGUUGAAAAAAGAGCAGAUGAAGGCUCAGACUCCUGCCUCUGCACAGCAGUCAGGGGGGAAGCAGCAAAAAGAAGGACUUCAAGUUAAGGCAGAUGAAAGCACCAUGCAGUGGUACCAGCAACUUCAAGAUGCUGCUGAGCAGUGUGUUGCUUCUUUCAGUGGACUCAGCAACUGCGAGGGAAACAAUGAGGUCAAGAGGAUAAAGGCAGACCUGCAGAAAGCAGCCACAAUCCCUGUGAGCCAGAUAUCCAGAAUAUCAGGCUCUAAGCUGAGAGAGAUCUUUGACAAGAUCAAUAACCUGCUCUCUGGGAAGUCUGUCCAGAGCGGAGGCCGAGCUGUGUCCGUGACUCAGCAUCCACAGGCUCUGGAUUUUGUUUUUUACAAGCUUGCAGAGAAAUUCGUGCGUCAAGGAGAAGAAGAAGUAGCUUCUCAUCAUGAUGCAGCUUUCCCCAUUGCUGUGGUGGCAUCAGGAAUCUGGGAAAUACACCCCCGAGUUGGAGAUCUCUUUUUAGCUCAUCUGCACAAAAAAUGCCCUUAUUCUGUGCCAUUUUACCCUGCAUUGAAAGAAGGUACUUCUAUGGAAGAAUAUCAAAGGAUGCUGGGGUACCAGGUUAAGGAUUCAAUGGUGGAGGAGCAGGAUAACUUUCUGAAGCGGAUGUCUGGGAUGAUUCGCCUUUAUGCCGCUCUGAUCCAGCUCCGCUGGCCUUACGGAGACCAACAAGGGACACACCCCCAUGGGCUGAGCUAUGGCUGGCGCUGGCUGGCGCAGAUGUUGAACAUGGAGCCCCUGGCAGAUGUGACAGCCACGCUGCUCUUUGAUUUUCUGGAGGUGUGUGGCAAUGCUCUGAUGAGGCAGUACCGGGUCCAGUUCUGGAAGAUCAUGCUGCUCCUCCAGGAAGACUAUGUCCCGAGGAUUGAGGCCAUCACCAGCUCUGGGCAGAUGGGCUCCUUAAUGCGUCUGAAGCAGUUUGUGCAGAAAUGUGUACAGGAGAAGAAAAUUUCCCUGCCCACAGGCACCCUGCAGCCAGCCUUUUGGAAAUCAUAGAUGGGUUUUUCCUUCCCUCAGAUGUCAGUGCCUUCAGACCUAGCUUCCUGUUCAAAGGCAAAACAGAUCUGCUUAGCACAGAGGCAUGGAGAGACCACAGCCCUGUUAAAUCAAAGAUUGCUCCUGCUCAUUUCACUGCAGUCAAUGCAAGUUAGCAUUUCCUUUGGAUUUGUGUAAGUUUUUUGUGUAGGAAAUCAUGAGAGACUGGAGACUUCCUUCCUGUGUUUUAAUAUACGGGAGGUGUUUCAAAUACAGCAUCCUGAUCACCUCUGAGCUUCGGAGAUGAAAAUCUGCACGGUGCUGUUCACAGAAGUGUAAACACCUCACAGCUCUCUGAAGGCUUCACAAGGAGUCAGUCUCAGAAGUUUAUUUCUGUAUUUGCUGCAUCUCUCUUGUGAUUCAGUCCUGCUGAUGUGCUGCAUCCUGUUUGCCUCAGCGUCUUAGAACUGCAGUGAGCUUGGUGAGGCCUUUUGGCCUGAUGGUGCUGACACGUUGAGUGGAACUUGGCUCCAUGAGGCUCUUGAUAUAAGAGAAUUGGAUUCGCUGUUGUAAAAGGUUUGCGUGGAAAAUAGAUACCACGAGGGAAGAGCAAAGCUGCUGAAGCUACAGGAAUGCUGUGUCUGUGAUCCAUUGGAAGGGUGGAAGCCAAGAGUGCAUUUUCUUAUUAAACAGUAAGAGAAGUAAGAAAUGCCAGCCUGGUGCAUUCAUCCUAGUACUUUGCUGAUGUUCUGCCCUCACUUGAGGGGAAAUGGCCGUGCUUGGGUGGCCUCAGGUGCAUUUGAUAGGGCUUUUGUGAUGUGAAUGGAUCCCUUCCUGGCAAUGCUGUUUCAGGUACUGUGAAACUUUUGUAUCAAAGGUGAAUUUCCUCAAAAUAGUUCACUCUAGAAACUUGUUUACAUUAAAGUUUGAUUUUUCUUUCUAAUCUGAA